UAAUGAGCUACUCUGCUUUGUAACAUAUCAACACAUCAAUCAAUAAUAUACAUCAAUAUAUUUUUACAUGGUAUCAGAGCAAGGUUAAGAAGUUAGUAAUUCUACUUCACCGGCGGGCGGUAGCCUCGCCUUGACCGCCCGCCGGACCUCUACACAUGCCCAAACCAUCCCUAUCCACACAUCUCUCUGUUUACCCAUGUUCUCUCUCUUUCUCGCUGCAAACCAUACUUCUUACCGCUGCUUCUGCUUUCUCUCUCUUGAACACUCAUGGCGUCAAUCCGUAGCCUCACCAUAUCGCGUCGCUGUCCUUCAGCCUCCUCGCGUCACCGCCUUCAGUGGCCGUCUUCCAUCUCAGAUUUGACAACCAAGAAGUGUGUGGUAUGCGACUCGCAAGAUAUGAGUCCCAUGACUGAACAAGCAGCCCAUGAGUUGAUCUCAAAGGUUCCUGAGUGGAACUUGGUCAAUGAAGGUGGUAGGCUGAAGUUAAGUCGGUCAUGGAAAGUCAAGACCUUCUUGAAAGGUUUGGAGUUCUUUCAGGCCAUUGCUUAUGUUGCUGAAGCAGAAGCAUUUGUUGCAGGCCAUCAUCCAGAUCUUCAUCUUGUUGGAUGGAACAAUGUCAAAAUUGAUUUAUGGACACAUGCUGUUGGUGGACUUACAGAAAAUGAUUUCUUACUUGCUGCUAAGAUUGACGGGCUUCGCGUGCAACAUCUUCUGGGUAGAAAUGCUACCUACUGACUACAUUGACCAUUCUCCUAACAUAUCACCAUUCUGAAGUGAAUAAUGCUGAUGGGCCCUACCACUAGCCAAAGCACAUUAUAAUCCUGCUUUCUCUCUUCUUUCCACCGAAUUCCACUCAUUUUGCUUUCUUAUCAUGACAUCCACUAUAAGCUUUUAUUAAUUUUCUAUUUCUUUAUUUAUUUAUUUAUUUAUUUUCUCUUCCUUCCUUUACCACCACUCCCCAUGUGCCCACGCUGCUCAGCUUCUCCCACCUAUUUUUUUUUUUUUCUUUUUCAUUACACUCAUGUUUUCCACUCCACUUUCCUCUUUUCGUUUCUUUUUAUUUUUCU